AUGAAUGAUUUAUCAUCCCCAUAUGUCUUACACCCAUCUGACAAUCCGGGAAUCGUGCUAGUUUCAUGUCUUCUCAAAGAAAAUAACUAUCCAACAUGGCGAAGAGCCAUGUCCAAUGCAUUACUUGCCAAGAACAAGUUUGGCUUUGUUGAUGGAACUUUGCUACGACCAGAACCAGAUUCAGCAGAUCUUGCAAUAUGGAUCAAAAACAACUCCAUGAUUAUCUCAUGGAUAUUUAAUUCUCUUGACUCAUCUCUUCAUGACAGUGUUGUUUUUUUUGAUACAGCUAGGGAGAUAUGGGUCAAUCUUGAAGAACGUUUGUCACAAGGAAAUGCACCAAGAGUGCAUCAACUAAGAACUGAGAUAGUGAAUACGCAGCAGAAGGAUAUGUCAAUUGCUGCAUAUUACACAAAGCUUAAGGGACUUUGGGAUGAGUACAACGCUUAUUCUCAAAUUCCGCCUUGCACUUGCGGUUCGGCCAAAGCAAUUGCUGUUGAGAAAGAAAAAGAAAAGANCCUUCUUGACAUGUAUGAGGUACUAGCAGAUCUUCUUCCAGAUAUACAUGGAAUGUACUUUGAUGAAGUUGGUUCUUCUGUUAGAAUCGAGUAUCAUGAGGUUUUGAGGAGAUUGGGUGAUUCGGUGAGAUCAACAUUUCUGGAAUUUGAGAAUGCCAUUUCUUCAUGCAAAUCAACUAGCCCAUUGGCAGGGGGAGGAAUUCACCGUCUGACCAAAUAUGUGAUGAAUUACAUCAAAUCUGACUACAGUAAGACCCUGAAUUUGCUUUUGAAGAACAAUAUUAAAGAGGAUUGUAGUUCGCAAUCAUCUAACAUGAGUACAGAUAUGGAAGAGGAGGACACAAGUGAAGGUUCGUCAUGCAAUUCUUCACCAAUGGCUCUCCGAUACCGAUUAGUUGCCUCAAUUCUAGAAUCCAAACUUCAUGAUAAAUCAAGGAUGUACAAGGAUAUUUCAUUGCAGCACUUCUUUUUGAUGAAUAAUAUACAUUACAUGGCUCAAAAGGUUAAGAAUUCAGAACUUAGGCCCAUUUUUGGUGAUAGCUGGAUUCGAAAGCACAACUGGAAAUUUCAACAGCAUGCAAUGGGCUAUGAAAGAGCUACUUGGAGCUCAAUCCUCGCUUUAUUGAAGGAGGAGGGGAAUUCUAGUUCAGGAGGUGUUUCGACAACCCAACUCAAGGAGCGGUUCAGGAACUUCUAUCUUGCAUUUGAAGAGGUCUACAAAACCCAAACAACAUGGCUCAUCCCAAACGCUCAGCUUCGAGAAGAUUUACGAAUUUCAACAUCUCAAAGUGUGAUCCAAGCUUACCGCACUUUUGAGAGUAGACAUAAGAAUCGGAUAAGUGACAAACACAUUAAAUACAGUGCUGAUGAUCUACAGAAUUACUUGUUAGAUCUCUUUGAGGGAUCCUCAAAAUCCUUGCAUAAUCCAUUCCGGAGGUGAUGGUAGCAAAAUAACUAGAUCAAUCUUUGUGAUUUUUUUUUCCUAAGAACUUAUGGAGGAAUAACUUCUUGUAAUUUGAUAGACUGGUGGUUCUUGUGCAAUUUCUUCACCCUACUCCUUUUCUCAGUUCCAGAUUAUUUAAUCUUAUAUGACUGAAAUUUUUCA